AUGUCUGAGCUUAGCAAAUACAAUGAAUUGAGAAGUAUCUAUAAGUAUUAUAUCGAUUUAUAUAUUGAGUUGUUUCAACUAAAAACGGAAAAUGAAGAGGAAUUAAACUCUAUUUAUAAAAAGAUUAAAACAGAAUUGAUUGAUUCAAAGAAUCAUCUCCCUAGAAAUGUUAUAAGAGACGUUUUAAAUAUCAUUCCGUAUAAUAAUCGUUAUGUAAAGUCAUAUUUGGUUCUGGCGGAAUUAAUUUCAAAAGAUUAUCAUAUUACAGUGGUCACCAAAAUUCCAAUUAUUUCUAACUACUUGUUUAAUAAAGAAUAUGGAAUUAAAUUAGACAAAUCUCAAUAUUUUAAUGAUGAUACUUUAGAAAAUCUCGAUAUUCAUUCAGAAAAUACAAUUUACAGAGCAAUUAUGUAUAACGACAAAGAAAGAUUUAUCCCAUUCACGGAAAGAGAUGGAUUUGAUAAAGAUCAAAAACUUAAAAGCAAAUUAUAUCCAUAUUCUGAUUUUGGAUAUUCAUUACUUGAAUUAUGUUGUUAA